CCCACUGAGGGGCAAGUGCCCUGAGCAGGAACAGGCAGAAGCAAAACCAUCGCCCAGGGAUGGGUGAGCUGCCACCAGCUGUAGUAUUAGACAAUGGCUCAGGUCUGCUCAAAGCCGGUGUUGCUGGGGACAAGGAACCACGUGUCAUCUUCACCAACUUGAUAGGCCGCCCCAAGGCCAAGUCUGUGAUGCUGGGUGCUGGCCAGAAGGACUACUAUAUUGGAGACGAAGCGCAAGCCAAAAGAGGAAUCCUCUCCCUCAGAUACCCAGUGGAACAUGGAAUCGUCACCUCCUGGCCAGAUAUGGAGAAAAUUUGGAAACAUGUUUAUGACAAUGAAUUGAAGCUAAACUCCUGCAACAGACCAGCACUGAUAACCGAGGCACCACUAAACCCACUGGCCAAUCGUGAACAAAUGACGCGACUGCUUUUUGAAAAAUUUGAGGUACCAGCCCUUUACGUGGCCAUCCAGGCUGUGUUGGCACUGUAUGCUGCAGGGCUCACCACAGGCUGUGUGAUGGACUCUGGUGAUGGAGUCACCCAUACUGUCCCAAUCUUUGAAGGCUACUGCUUGCCUCAUGCGGUUCUCCGGCUUGACCUGGCGGGCCGGGAUCUCACAGAAUAUCUCAUGAGGAUCCUGAGAGAAAGUGGCAUUGCCUUAGUGAGCACAGCUGAGAGGGAAAUUGUGCGAAUCAUCAAGGAAGCCUUGUGCUAUGUCUGCUUGAACCCAGAAGAAGAAAUGGCUAAAAAGCCAACUGCAAUAGAGAAGACUUGGAAACUGCCUGAUGGGCAGAUCAUUAAGAUCCACAACCAAUUAUUUCGUUGCCCUGAGACUCUUUUUCGCCCUUCUAACAUUGGCAUGGAAGCCCCAGGAAUUGAUAAACUCCUAUUCAACACCAUCAUGAAAUGUGACAUCGACUUAAGGACCACUUUGUACGCCAAUGUGCUCCUUUCAGGUGGCUCUAGUCUCUUUCCUGGAAUUUCUGAACGCUUAACCAAGGAGCUGAUUCGCAUGGCUCCCAAGGACACUGAAGUGUUGGUCCAAGCACCUUCUGACCGAAAGAUCUCUGUUUGGAUGGGAGGAUCUAUUCUUGCUUCCCUCUCUGCCUUCCAGGAGAUGUGGAUUUCCAAGGAAGAAUAUGCUGAAGUUGGGCCCAAUAUAGUACACAGGAAGUGCUUCUAGAUUCCUCUCAUAUGGAAACAUUUUUAUUUAAAAAGCUGUGGGGAAGAACCUCAAAGUCAUGGCAUCCUGUGAGGCUUGUAGCCUUGCUGCUUUCUGAAAGAUGAAUAAAAGUAACAAUU